UAUACGGCCUGGCCGUCCCUACGCUAAUAAAUGAAUAAAAAUAAAAUUUUGCUAUUGACAGUUAUUGAAGGGAAAGCGAUUGAAGGUUGAUUAAUCGUAUCUAUUACGCUCGUCAUGGAAAUUUGUAAAAACAUUAAGGCAAAAGAAGUAUACUUAUCAGCACCCGGCAUUGAUGCAGGUCGCAUAUUUGCAAUAACAAUCAAUUAAAGGGAAUUCCUCAUUCAUAGUAGAACGUCCAAGAUAAGGAUGCAUGUUACGCCUGAUUCAGAUCAAUGAUAGACAUCUUCCCAAGCGGACGCUAGUUCGCACCACGCUAGAACAACAUGUGGCAUAGUAUAAGUUCACAAAUUUUAACGGUGGUUAUCUUCAUAGGAGCUGCUCAUGGUUUACUGGUCGUGGGUCCUAAAUUUAUUCGGGCUAACCAAGACUAUACGGUUGCCAUCAGCAACUUUAAAUUGAAUCUGACCAAUGUUAACCUAAUAUUACGUAUCGAAGGUCGUACGGACGAUGGAAGAAACGUUCUUAACGUAACGAAGAUGGUUAAUCUGCCGAACAAUGUGAAUAAAAGAAUCUUCUUUAAGAUGCCUAAGGACUUAUCAUCUGGAUUCUACAAAAUUAUGAUCGAAGGACAGCGAGGCUUUGCCUUUUACAAGGAAGCUACUUUGGUGUACCUUGGAAAAUCCGAAUCUGGCUUAAUACAGAUCAAUAAACCAGCGUUCAAGGCGGGCGAUACAGUUCAAUUUCGUGUGAUUGUGUUGGAUACCGAGUUGAAACCUCCUGCACGGGUAAAAACAGUUCAAGUGGCGAUCCGCGAUCCUCAAGACAAAGUGGUCCGAACGUGGCCCUCGGCUGAAUUGUACGCCGGAGUGUUUGAGAAAAAUCUUCAAAUCGGACAAACUCCAAUGCUCGGGAUCUGGAGCAUCUCGGUAUCGGUCGACGGAGAACUACUCGUAUCCAAGACAUUCGAGAUGAAAGAGUAUGUGUUGCCUUCGUUUGACGUAGAAGUUGUGUCAACCGUCAUCCCUCUGGAGGAGCACCAAGGACUGAAUCUGACGAUAACAGCUAACUACCAUGUUCGAAAACCGGUGAAGGGUUUGGCCAUAGUGGAGUUGUAUUUGGAAGACGAUAAUUUGUACCAGAAGACAGAGUUCGAAAUGCACGGCAUUGUACAGGUAGAGAUGCGAUUCUUUCGAAUCUUGGAGAGGCAGGACGACCAACGAGAUGUACGUGUAAAGACGACUUUCAUCGAGCAGAGUUCAAAUCACACCGUGGUGAAAGAAUCUCAAAUCACUGUGUACAAAUAUAUGUACAGUGUGGAGUUGAUAAAAGAUAUCUCUUACUUCCGUCCGGGACUUCGCUUCAAAUGUGCACUUCAGUUCCGAUACCACGAUGGAACACCUGCUAAGGGUAUCACCGGUGAGGUGGAAGUGAUGGACAUCGAAUACAAAACCAAUGCCACAAGUGACGAUGAAGGUUUGAUCAAAUUAGAGCUGAAUCCAAGUGACAAUAUACAAAAGAUGUAUAUAACCUUUUCUAACCAAGACGGAUUCUACUUUAACGAGCGAGUGGACAAAGUGGGUGGCGUUACAAAUGCGUUUAUAAAACUGGAAUUAAACUCACCGAUUAAGAAGAACAAGUUAUUGCAAUUUUGGGUAACGUCUAACGAACAAAUGACAUUCUUUGUGUACUACGUGUUAUCGAAGGGCAACAUCAUUGAUGCCGGUUUUAUCAGUCCGAAUAAGCAGAAUAAAUAUCCACUUCGGUUCAAGGCCACGGAGAAGAUGAUACCGAAGGCGAAAGUUAUCGUUAUGACUGUAAUGAACAAAACGGUAUUGCACGACGUUUUGGACAUUGAUUUUGAUGAGCUUCUUAACAAGAUUAAAAUGAGCAUUAACAAGCAGGAAGUUAAACCUGGACAGGAAAUUGAGAUUCUCAUGUCUGGACGACCAGGAGCGUAUAUCGGAUUAGCGGCUUACGACAAAGAUGUGUUGGACUUUAACCAGAACCAUGAUUUGUUCUGGAAGGACAUCAUGCGCGUGUAUAACGGAUUCGGCCUGAAUGUCGAGAAUGAGUUUGACAAGUUUAGUAGUAUGGGAGUGUUCGUGAAGACGUUGGAUGACAUCACCUUCAAUGAAGCCCACGAUAUGUUGGCACGAGAAGGACUGUUUACAGACAAUCCCAGAACUAAAUUAGCCUUGUACCGGACAAACUUUCCAGAAUCGUGGUUAUGGAAGAAUGUGACCAUUGGAGGGUCUGGAACGAACAAGAUGAUCGAGGUAGUGCCGGAUACAAUCACAUCCUGGUACUUGACGGGAUUCUCCAUUGAUCCGGAGUAUGGUUUGGGUAUCAUCAAAAAGCCCAUUGAGUUCACAACGAUCCUACCGUCCUACAUCGUUGAGAAUCUUCUGUACUCCAUCAAACGAGGUGAAGUCGUCGAGUUGCAGUUUACAUUGUUUAACAAUCUUGAAAGAGAGUACAACGCUGAUGUGACUCUGUACAACGUGUUCAAUCAGAUCGAAUUUGUUGGACGUUCUCUGGAAGAUGAAAACUGCACGAAAUCCGUAACCGUUCCUCCGAAGGUUGGUGUACCGAUCUCAUUUCUUGUAAAGGCACGAUCGCUCGGAGAGAUAACUGUACGGGUUUUAGCUACGAUCAAGUCAAUGGAGGAAAACGAUAUACGGGAAAAAGUGAUCCAAGUUUUGCCAGGAACUCUGGUACAGCCGGAAGAGCGUUUUCAUAUUAUCCCCGUGAUCAUGCAGAAUAACGAAGAUGGCUCAGCUUAUUUUAAUUUCAUCCCUCAACUGGACCUUCGAACCUAUCCUGAUAUACAAACAAUCAAAGAAGGCAGGGAUGGCAUAUUUCAGUGUCGCGAUGAGGGUCGAUUGCACGCCAGGGUUAGCUGGGUUCGUGGAAAUGGUCUACCUUUACCACCCGGCGCGCGAAACAUAAACGGUCGUUUGGAAAUACCAAACAUUGAGAAUGAAUACAGUGGUGAAUACGUAUGUGAAGCUGUUGAUUACUCAAAAUCAACACCUGGAAGUAGCAUGACAGUACAUUUGAUUGUUGAACGAAUGUCAAGAGAUAAGAACCAACAAUCAGCGGCUGCGUGCUCUAGUAAUGAAGCGACCUGCAUGAACGGAGCCUGUAUACCAAAGAUACAGAUUUGCGAUGGUAUCUCUGACUGUAACGAUGGUGCUGAUGAGUCAAGUUGCAGUAUGUACCAUAGGUGCAAACCGAACGAGUUCAAAUGUCGCAACAGUAAGUGCGUGCGCAAGACAUGGCUGUGCGAUGGUGAAAAUGACUGUGGAGACGGUUCGGAUGAAGAAAACUGUGCCACACUACCCGAUGCACCCUGUCGAUAUGACGAAUUUCAGUGCCGGUCUGGACAAUGCAUACCGAAAGCAUUCCAGUGCGAUGCGCACCCGGACUGUCGGGAUAAAUCGGACGAAAUUGGUUGCAGUCCACCAUCGGUGAUUGAACCACCACCACCAUCACUUACAAUUCCGGCUGGUGGUAUUCUGAACAUUACGUGCCGUACUGCCGGAGUUCCAGUGCCAUUAAUCGCAUGGCGUCUGAAUCUGGGACACGUGCCAUUAAAGUGUGAAUCACACAACGAUCACGGCAUUGGCCGGUUGACCUGCGAAAACAUGCAGCCUAUCGAUUCCGGUGCGUACAUGUGCGAGAUCAUCAACACGAUGGGCACUCACUUCGUGUCACCUGACACAAUUGUCACCGUAACUGACAAUGGUACUGUGUGCCAGCAGGACACCUUUAACAACAAAACGAGCUUUUCCGCUGACUGUAUUCACUGUUUCUGCUUUGGUGUAUCGACUACUUGCGGCAGAGCCAAUUUGUACACACACAUUUUAAAACCAUCCUACUGGCCGGGCGCGAUCGUAGAUACUGUAGGACCAUGGAGUGGCUACGAUCGAUUGAUGGUAGUCGAUGGUAGUCGAGAUUACAUCCUCCGUCACCUUUAUGAUGGCGUGGAACUGAUUUUUCCGAGUCUUCACGAUCACUCACGUUCACCACAUCACGUUUCGUACUGUUCCUAUCUGAAUAAUUACAUGGGCAAUCAGCUCAACUCGUACGGUGGAUCUAUUCGCUAUGAAGUCCAGUACAAAGGCAUCGACGAAACUGUGCAUGCUCCAGACGUAAUAAUUAAGGGUAAUGGAAAGGUGUUGGUACACUGGUAUAAAGGCACGAUCCUCAAGAACGUUAUAAAUCAUGUUUCGGUCAGUUUACUUCCCAAUAAAUGGCAGCAUAUGGAUGAUACGCAAGCUACACGGGAGGAUAUUAUGAUGGUGCUAAGCAAUAUCGAACUGUUUCUGAUACGCAUGCAGUAUGCAGAUAAACAACCGACUGCAAUGAAGUUGUUGGACGUAAUGAUGGACUCAGCCGCACAUGACGACCGUGGACUUGGCUCAGCUUCAUUGGUUGAAGAGUGUAGCUGUCCGCCUGGAUAUCGGGGACUUUCUUGCGAGAGUUGUGAGCAAGGUUAUGUGCGACAAAUCAGCGAACCAUGGCUAGGACGCUGUGUACUCCCUGAUGUCAAGGCUGCGUAAUCUCGUUCUUCAAACAAUUCAAAAA